AAUGAAGCUGCUCCCAAUCAAAACCUUUGCAGACAGAUUCGCCGCUGCUACAGCAUCCCAGCAUCUCCCGUGAAAAAGUAUUACGAUGUGGUGAUAUCUGGUGGUGGGUUAGUGGGAACCGCUGCCGCCUGCGCACUAGCUGCGGAUCCCAUUUUGCAAAAGCUCAGCGUGUUGGUGAUUGAACCUAGGGAGCCGACAGUAUGGAACACGGCUCCGGAGCGGUUCAGCAAUCGUGUGUUUUCCAUCACUCCAGGAUCCAGAAAAUUCUUUGAAGAAUUGUCACUGUGGGAUACCAUAGCGAAGCUCAGAGUCAAACCUGUCCGCAAAUUGCAGGUCUGGGAAUCUUCUUCGGACGCGGCGAUUUCUUUUGAACCGGCCAAUCUCGACGACAUCUCGUACAUUGUCGAAGAGCCCGUAUUGAGCACUGCUUUAUGGACGCGACUACGUCAGUUGGAUCGCGUGCAGGUUUUGCAUAACGUUAAAGCGACGUCUUAUGAUUUACCAUCGCGGCGCAGCAAACUGGUCCAUGGCGAAAGCAGUCACAGUACCAAGGACAGUCAAACGCCGGAUACGGGUGGUUAUGAAGCUGCCACAGUGACCUUGUCCGAUGGAUCUCAAGUGGAAACGAGUCUGCUGAUUGGUGCAGAUGGACCGCAGUCGGAAGUCAGGCAAGCUAUGGGAAUUCAGAAUGUCAGCUGGAGCUAUCGACAGCGAGGGUUGGUUGCCACAGUCCAUUUGUCCGAACCUCAAGACAACAGCACCGCGUGGCAGCGUUUUACUUCAUCCGGACCUGUUGCGCUUUUACCGUUAGACGAGAAAAGGAGUUCGCUUGUGUGGUCAACAAGUGAGGAAAAUGCGAUGCAGCUGUUAAAAAUGGACGCGGAAAGCUUCUUGGAUGCAUUAAACCGUGCUUUGUGGGAUGAGCAGGACAAAAUGGGAUCGGUCAAUGUGACCCUUGAUACACUUUCUCGCGUAUUACAGAAGUGCGGCAUAGUUUCCCGGAGCGUUCAACAGUUGCCACCUACCUUGACGGGACUGGAUGAAAAUAGCCGCGCGGUGUUUCCCUUGAGUUUGGCACAUGCGACAAAAUAUGUUCUUCCUUGUACGGUUCUUAUCGGUGAUGCUGCCCAUCGCAUUCAUCCGCUAGCGGGUUUGGGCGUGAAUUUGGGGUUUGGCGAUGUGAUGGAUUUGCGGAAGCGUCUGCGUGAAGCCGUCCAGUGCGGAUACGAAGUGAAUUCCAUAGCGCACCUGCUCAAGUACGAAACGGAUGCGCAGCGCCGUGUUGUUCCCGUCAUGGCGACGGUGGAUCUGCUGCAUCGGCUGUAUGGAACACGCUGGAACCCGAUAGUGACUCUGCGCAGCGUUGGUCUGAAUUUUAUCAACAGUUUGGAUCCUUUUAAACGAAACAUUAUUGCGGCUUCCUCGAGAUAACUGUCUAAAACUGUGUUAAAUUUGUUUUAAUUUUUUUAUUGUGUCGUUCCGGAUAAGUGUUUAUAUGUCAACUACGAAAAGGGAAAA